AUGGGGUUCGUCUUGUCGAAGGCCAUGAACGACAGCCUGAAAGGGCAGCAGGAGUUUAUGCGGCUCCAGCUGGAAAGGCAACUGGCACUGCAGAACCUGAUGGGAGAGAGACAAACAGCCAUGCAGAUUGCUUGGACACAAGAAUUUCUCAAAUAUUUUGGGACAUUUUGGACACUUACUGCUGUAGUUUUAACAACUGGAGCAAUAAAAAGGAAGAGCCCAACAAUUUUACUGCCAAUACUUCCCUUAAGCUUUGUAUUUUCCUAUCAUUAUGGUAUGGGCUAUGGGACACUCUUGCUAAGAAUUAAAGGUGAAGCAGAGAACAUACUUGAUGCACAGGGCACUUUGCUGGAAUUGCCUAAAGGACCUCUCACUUUUAAAGAUUUGUAGAAAAUCACAAUGUCUCAGAGCAAUUUCUUCAUAGAAAAAUAG